GGCACCCUUAGGCCAUUCCAGGAGAUGGGAUUUAAAGUGCAAUAGGAGAGAAGACUAGGUGAGAUGAUCUGAUUUAUGUUUUAAAGAAAGCUUUUAAGCUGCUAUAUGAAGAAACAAUUGUAAUACAUUCAAGUAGAGGCACCCUUGAGCUUCAAGAGUACUGGUAAUGGUCUACUUUUUGGAGAACAUUCCUGGAAAGCAGAUACAUGGGUGCUUGUUACAUUUGAGACAUUACAUACAUACAUUAUUUACUUCGCUGUACACAAUUUCAUAAUUUUAAAAAGUAAAUUGUAAAAAUGUAAGGGUGGAAGCAGAAAAAACAACUAGAAUGCUACUGUAACAGCCCAAGACUGAGGUGAUGGUAACUCAGGAGUAGUGGAGACGAAAAGCAGUGGAAAGUGGAAUAUACCUCUGAAGUAAGCCCAAUAGGCCUUCUUGAUGGAAAAAUCAGGGGCAGCAAUCAAGGCUGACCAGUGGUCCUCACUGUGGAGUGAUUUUGCCUCCCAGGGGACAUCUGCAAUCUCUGGAGACAUUUUUGGUUGUCAUAAUUGGUAUGGGGGUUCUCAUAUUGGUACAGGUGCUACUGGCAUCUAUGGGUAGAGGCCAAGGAUGCUGCUAAACAUACUACAAUGCACAGUAGUGUUAUAAAAUAAAAAAUUACCUGGCCAUAAAGUGUCAAUAGUGUUAAGUUUGAGAAAUCCUGAACUUGACUGAUUGCAAAUGGUUCCCAUACUAGAACACCCAUACUUCCAGGAGACUCUACCAAAAAAACUAGAAAUGGAGGUCUUUACUUAUUUUCAAUGUUUAGAGAUAACUAAAAUUGUGGUAUACAUGAAACAAAGUUUAUUUCUUUAGAGGUAAAUUAUAUCACUCUGUGACUAACACUAUGUUGAUCAGGACAAACUGGUAUAUGUCUAAUUAAUAAAACAUGAAAAAAUCAAUUACUGAUUAAUAAAUGCCAUUUAUUGGACAGACUUUCUCAGAGCACAGCUGAAGAAAUCUUAUUUAGCAAUACCACCCAACACUGCUUAUACAGUUUUUCUUUUUACCAGUUAUGCUUAAAUCUGUAGUCCAACACAUUCACUGCUUUUCCAAAUACAAAUAAAUUCCCCCCCCCAAAUCGAAAUAGAUGGCUAUGCACACUGAAGGACAUAAUCAGAGCUGUAAAUGGAUAAGAUGGUAGGAAAAGCUAAUUAUAGGAAAAUGAUGGCCCACUUGUACCUGUGUGCAUGUAACUGUUAUCAGACUUACUUUGGGCCUUGAGCAAGUGGAUACAUUAAUUUCAGGUAUAAGGAAGACUGCAGCACACGUUUCUCUUAAUUACUCUAAGACUAGCAAUGGGAAAAGUACUCUCUGAGACCUAACUCACUAAACACAAAAUACCAAAGUUGGUACAGUUCAUUUUACCUCAUUCUUUGUUAUCUAAAAGGAAAGAAUUUUGGGGUAAAAUAAAAUCACUGUGAUCAACUCCUAAAGCAUUCUAAUGGGUCUGAAACUACUACCACGAAUGCAGUAAACUACGUGCCACGAUAUGCUCCAGAAAGAAAUUACCUGGUAACUGAAGUAGAUAACAAAAAACAAAAUAAUCAACAUCAUCAUCAUCUAGUCCGGGGAUGACAAUACAAAACAUCCGAGUUCUCACAGGUUGCGGCUGAGGGAAACUAUUUCGAAGAAGCCACAAAGCCAAUUUUGGUCAAGAAAUGGACGCUGUUUCUUAUCUAUAAGGACCUCAAUAAAACUGGCCAUGCGAUACUAGGUUACUGAGUCUGGCUAAAACUGAAUUUUAGGAACAAUUACAUUUCAAAAAGGUAAAGAAAAGGGCAGUCAUAUCGUCACAGUCUCAUCCAAAGAAUUUACACAAAAACUUCUAAAUCAGCUUGAGAACUAAGGCCUCCGGCCUAAAUUCAUCCCCACUUGUGACAAAACUCAAAACUGACAAUCCAGAAGUAACAUGCAGGCACACCUUACUACCCUUAAAAUCAUGCCGCGUUCCCGCUAUGCCAGGCGGACGUUUUCGGGAACAUCACCGCGCGGCGGCCAAAGCGCGCUUCUCCCAGAUGCCCUCCCGGCGGCACACUCUAGACACUGUUGCGCCGCCGUUACGCCUAUCCACGUCCCCCACUUCCCCAUUGGUACACAGAAUGACCCUCGGCGGAAAAUCCACCCAUUCUACCUCCCUGAGGCGGCGACCGGUAAGAAACUACUCCUUUCCUCCAGCCUUUCAAAAAUUCAAGCAGACGGCGGCCAGCUCACCAGUCUUAUCCACUACCCCAGAAGGAUAAGGGAACCACCUCAACCCAAGAACGCACAUAGAGGAGGUGCCAAUAGAAACACCAUCCUCGCGAAAUCUAAAGACAGUUCUCGCGAUAUGUCGCUGCCUGUCUUUUUCCAGCCCCACCCCCACACUAGCGCGUUGCUUCAAAACAUCGCGAGAUUUUCUUCUUUCAGUCUCCGCCUCUCUACGGCACGAUGGUCGCACAAGAAUGUGAUACAGCCUCGACGGCCGCCAUUUUCUUUCUUUCUUAGCAGUUGGCUGAGAGGUCCCUGCGAAGAAGCGGUAGCGGCCACUGUAGAGUAG